AUGAGUGUUGUAUCAAUUUCAGGUUGCUUUGAGGAGGGAGAAGGGUGCAGUAUUCAAACUGGAGAAUCUGGGGAUGCUGUCCUCUCGGAGCAGGAAACAGAGGAAGGAGAUGCUUCAGGAGAUCAUCUGCCGGUGUCAUCAGCACAGCAAAGAAAGGAAGAGAGUGCGCAGAACGAAGCUCAACGUCAGCGAAGGGUUGCCUUGCUUAAUAAUGUGGCUAAGGAGAUGAUGAUUCAAAGCCGUCAGGAUCAUGAAGACACAAUGGAGCGGUUUGACCGUAUGCUUGAAGCUGAAGAACGCAGGUUCUCAGUGCAGGGGGAGCGUGAUACACAAAACAGGGAGGCUUUGGUAAAGGCUUUUGAAAAGGCCACAAGGGAGACUGUGGAUGUUAUGAAGGCAGCUGUUGAUAUGCUAGGCAGCAUUGCCCAAAUUUUUAGGGAAGGUCGGGCACACGGAAGGGUGGGCGAGAUACCAGCCACUGCAACAUCCCCACCAUAUGCAGCAUCUACACCAUCCGUCACACGUAGGCAGCUGCACCUGGAUUGUGACUGCAGCUAUAAUCGGGGCACUCUGCCGUCAGAUAUGGAGUACCCAGUUUUGGCAGAGGAAUCUAUGCCUGAGAGUCAGCCACUCCUCUCUGUGCCUGAGAGUCACAACCCCACGUCUGUGCCUGAUACUCAGACCCUACCGUCUGUGCCUGAAAGUCAGAGCGUCCUGGCUCCUGCACCCUGCUCCAGUGGCAGUGUUGCGGCCUCACGUAGGGGCAAGAAACGAUCCUGCACAGGGAAGCAGAGGGUGUAUUUUGAGCCCUAAAAGCACUCCCUUUGGAACAUCUGAUGAUAACUCCAUUGGAUUAUUGUUAGGCUGCCCCUAACGUGCACUGCUGUCUAUGACAGAUGCUUCUUAUGUUGCUGUUUUCCAGCAAUGUCCCCUUCAUGGGUACCAGAACCAAUGCCCAUCAAGGGAAGGUGUGAGUUGCAGGCAUUGUUUACAUGUUGUGCAUGUUGUUAUUCAUGAUGUUUUUUCAUUGGUUAUACCUGUUUAUAUGAUGUUAUUUCAUUGUUCACAUGCUGUGCAUGUUGUCAUUUAUGAUGUUAUUUCAUUGUUUAUGCCUGCACAGGCAGUGUGCUCCUAGCUAUUGCUUUGUUCCUCUGAUGUUUACGCACUUUUAUUAAAGUUAUGUUUGCACUU